CGUUUUUUUUCUUUUUUGUGCGUGUAAUGCGCCGUACCCUUUAACCUUGGAGUUUUCGCAGAUAACGGAGAAAAAUAACAAAAAGUAAAACAGGUGUGAAUGGAUCCUAGCUGGAACAGAAUAGGCAGAUGUACACGAUUUUGCACAAGCUUUGCAACUAGCGUAUACGGUUGAAAGAAACUGAGGCAAUGGUGCGGUCUAAAUCCCGCACACACUCAUCCAGAUCGAGGUCUAGAUCUCUGUCCAGGUCUAGGUCCAGGACCAGGUCCAGGUCUAGAUCCAGGACGCGAUCGCGGAAGAAGAGGUACAGUUCCCGGUCCCGCUCCAGGUCGUAUUCCCGCUCGCGGAGUCGAGACCGGAACUACCCGCGGGAGUACCGCCGCGACUUCCGCGGGAACCGGGGCAUGAGGCGGCCCUACGGCUUCCGCGGCAGGGGGCGGGGCCUGUACCCGGGGGGCGGGCGCUUCCAUCACCGCGGGGGGUUCCGACCCAACUGGCACAACCGCCGCUACUCCCGCAGCCCCAGGAGGGGGCGCUCUCGCUCCCGCACGCCCAAGCGCAGGUCCGCCUCCCAGCGGUCCCGCAGCCAGUCCCGCCACUCGGGACGCUCGUCCGGUUCCCGCCGCUCUUCCCGCUCCUCCUCCUCGUCCCGCAGUAGCCCCUCCCCCAACGCCUCCAGGAGGCGGGUCCCGCGGGACAAGGCGGGAAAGAAGGGUGAGGAGGGCGGAGAGGGGGCGGGGCCAGGGGAGGGGAACGGCGACCGGCCGGCGGGCGCACCCGCGGGCGUGUUCCUGGCCAAGUCCGAGCUGAAAAGGCCCGCUCUAGUGCCCGACAGCUGGUUGGGCGUUUCGGCCUACGAUGACGGUAGCCCCUCCCUUUCCUCCGCCCCUCCUGGCCAGAGCUCCUCCCACCCUGUCGUUCCGCCGGCCUCCUCUGUCCACCCGCGCUCCGAGGGGCACAGCCCUGACUCCGCCCUCGGCCAGUAUAGCCCCGCCCACAGCCCUCGUGGGCGGAGCCCCGGAGAGGUUUUCUCCGCCUCCACGGGCAGCAGGGGCGUCUUCCUGAAGAGUGACAAGCAGGAUCUCCAGAAAGGUGGCAAGUUUUUCAAAAGGUACGCUGAGGAGGAGGAGGAGGGCGACAGCAGGACGUCCCGUCGGGAGAGGGGGGCGAGCUCGUGGGACAGCAGCAAGCCGCAGACGGACAGCGUGCCGGUGAAGGGGGGAUGGGGGGCGGCGGAGCCGGGACCCGGGCCCAAAAAGAAAGGCGAGAAGGUGCCCUUCAUUGGGGACUCUCCCGACGUGCCAGCGGAGGAGGAGGAGGGCGAGGAAGAGGAGGACGAGGAGGAAGAUGAAUCGCAGGCCUAUAGACAGCCGUAUAAGUUCAGGCUGUCCAGCCAGUCUGAGUCUGUGAAGCCUUACCUGGGGGAGCCCCACUGGGGCCUCGAUGACCCGGAGGACAGGGGGAAGUACGCAGGCAAGGCUUUGAAAGCGGGCAGGGAGGGGGGCGGGGCUUGCCUGUUUAAAGACCCGGGCUACGUGCUGAAGAGGCCGAGCAAGGACGGCCACUCAGAGGAGGGUAAGGGGGCAGAGAGGCGCGAGGAUAGGCCGACGGGGAAAAGGGACACGCCCACCUCGUGGCACGUGAAAGCCGGCAGCCUGAAGGAGCUUAUUACCCAGGGUCCUUUGCUGCAGAAGGUUGUGGACGUGCGGGACAAGGCUCCCCUCCGAAAUGAGAGCCCGUCCGGAGCCCGGCCAGGGUCUGGCGAGGGUCCUCGUCCUGAGGUAAAAGUGAAAAUGGCAGCCAAGGCUUUCGAAAGCGUCAGUGUGUGGCAUUGGCGUCCGGCGGCAGUGCGUGCCUUCCCAGCUCCGUUGGCACCGAUCUCAGGGAGGCCAGGGAGGCACAGUCCGGCGCACAAAAGCUCCCAGCCCCCAGAGUCCUUUAUCCUCCACAUUGUGUCCCUGGUCCACCACGUCCAAGAACAUUACUUCAAGGCAACAGGAGUGACCCUCCAUGAGCGCUUCACUGUCUAUCAGAAAGCUGCCGUGGAGCAGGAGGCCAGGCACAAAAGCCCUGAGAUCCACAGGAGGAUUGACAUCUCCCCUAGUGCUUUUAAGAAGGUGAGACUCUUUAAAGAAGACUUAAAGGGUGAGGGUAAAACGCGGAGCGAGCCGGUCGAUUUGCGGCAGAGUAUCGACCGGAGACGGAAGGAGAGGAGUCGCGAGGGCGAGGGUCGGCGGGACUCCCGCGAAACCAGCCCGUCCGCGAAGCCGGAGAAACCGGGAAAAGAACUCAAGGACUACAAAGAUUACAAAUCUCUGAAAGAGGAGAGCAAACGCAAAAGCAAGGAGAGGGAGCGCUCCAGGUCAUCCUCUGGCUCCUCGCUGUCCCGGGACGACAAGGACAGGAGGAGGGGGGCGAAGGAGGAAGAGGAGGGUAAGCCCCACCACGAGCCGAAGGACUAUCCUGGCUAUCAGGGCGCUGGGACCCGUGCCAGGGGAACUUUUCAGUUCCGUAUCAGAGGGGGCCGGGGGCGGGCCAGGGGUGUGUUCGGGGGUCCCGUCCCCGGACCCAGCGCACCCAACACCCCUUUUCCGCAGAGGCCCAAGGAGGAGGAGUGGGACCCGGAAUACACGCCCCGAAGCCGGAAGUAUUUCCUGCACGAUGACAGGGACGACGGCACGGACUAUUGGGCCAAGAGAGGGAGGGGGCGUGGCCUGUUCCAGCGCGGGAGGGGGCGGCUCCCCUUCAAGAAGUCCAACAGCAGUCCCAAGUGGACCCACGACAAGUACCAAGGGGAGGGGACUGUGGAAGAGGACGAGGAGGACAACAACGAAGAGGGCGAGGAGAGGGAGGAGAAGCACAAGGAGGAGAAGGUUGAGUGAGAGUGAGGAGGAGGAGGAGGUAGUGAGAGAGGAGGAGGAGAAGGUGGAGUGAGAGAGAGAAAGAGAAGAGGAGAAGGUAGAGUCAGGGAGGAGAAGGUAGAGUAAGAGAGUUGAUUCUUAAUCUCAUCGCUCAAAGCGAUGCCUCCAUUCCAUCUCCGAACGUCCACAAAACCAAGGACUAUGGAGUUACUGAGCUAUGGCGCCUGCAGGCUAGAUGGGGCGUGAUCUCCAACCGAGGAAACAUUUUAAGCAUAAACAACUAUUUAGAAGCGAAACUUUAAGCCUAGUAUCAAUGCAGUGUUGCUGUAGAUCACCGUUUCCUUAAACUUUGUUCACAUUAUGAAGAAGUCCUGAUGAAAUCUGUUUCUGGGCACCUACUGUGUACUUCACGUUCAGGUACGUCACCAUCACGCUUUCUGAACGUUGCUCUCCCCCUUCGAAUGUGCACCGUACUCUUGUCGAUUUAGCUUUAAUAUACAAGUACAGAGCUGCUACUUGAACUGAACAUUUUAUCCGAGCCAGAAGGGGUUGGCUUUGCAGUGUGAAGAACAAAUCCAGAGAGUGUUACUGUGGCUCAGAUAAGACUUAGAAGGUGGUCGUCUGGCACCUGUUAGAGAUGUCACUUUGUGUUGAGUAUUGGACCAAGUUCAAGCAAGUUCGUUUGACUGUUUAAUUGUUAUUUGUGUCUGGCAGAACAUGGCGUGUAGCAUAAUUAUCUGCAGGCUUUGGAAGAAGUGUGCAUAUUACUGUUGAUGUAGUAGCUUUAAUUUGAUUAAAAGGUUUUGUUCUGAACAGUC